AUGGAUCAAAAAGAACAAUCCCAGCAUAUCGAGUCAUCAGGCCUUGGAGCUUUCGAUCUCGAUGCCCUCGACACCAUCGAAAACACUCGGUCCAGUAAAUUCGCAUGGCUAGUGUCGUUGACUGCUGGCAUUGGCGGCCUCUUGUUCGGUUAUGACACUGGCAUCAUUUCUGCCAUCCUCAUAUAUCUGGAUGAUGACCUAGGCGUGGCAUUAAACUCAAACCAGAAGGAGCUUAUAACGUCAAUUACUUCCGGAGGAGCCUUUAUAGGCUCCGUUAUGGCCGGCCUGGUUGCCGACAAGUACGGUAGAAAAGCUCCUAUUUUCUCUGGCUGCUUCCUAUUCAUCGCAGGAGCUAUUAUCCCGGCGACAUCAUAUUCAAUUGUUCAAAUGACAGUUGGUCGCGCCAUAGUUGGUCUUGGAGUCGGUUCAGCUGCAAUGGUUGUCCCACUUUAUAUUGCAGAAGUUGCCCCUGCAAAGUAUCGCGGUCGGAUGAUGAGUCUUGACAACAUGUCAAUUACAGGUGGCCAAUUAAUUAGUUACGGCAUCGGCGCAGCAUUUGCCAGCGUCGACAAUGGGUGGCGGUAUAUGGCAGGCCUUGGGGCCGUUCCUGCCAUUGCUCUAUGCUGUAUGCUUCCAUUUUGCCCGGAAUCACCGCGUCAGCUGGUAUACCACAAUAAGCCCGAGCAAGCAGCCAAAGUGAUUGCUCUAAUUUACCCCAACGGCACUGACCAACAGGUUCGAGAUAAGGUGCAGCACCUUACCUUCCACGUGGAGAAUUCCAAGGCCCUCAAUGAAGAACUGAGUCUAUGGGUUCAGUUCAAGCAACUAUAUAUCGUCCCAGCCAACUUCCGUGCGUGCUUUGCUGCCUCCGGUCUUAUGGCCAUCUCCCAGCUCGGUGGAUUCAACAGUCUUAUGUAUUACUCGUCAACCAUAUUUGCACUGGUAGGCUUCAAUGACCCCGUAGGUACUGGCGCUAUUAUCGCUGCCACAAACUUCGUUUUCACUUGGGUCAACCUAAUGGUAGUUGAUCGUUACGGACGCCGUCGCAUUCUCCUAUCUACCAUGUGGGGAAUGGCUGUUGCAUUGAUCCUCGCGGCUGUAUUCUUCAGCUAUAUUCCAAUUAGCCACGACUUGACUGUGGAAUCAAAUACCGUGGGUUGGCAGGCAGAUUUGGUUCUUGUCUGCAUGGUUGUUUAUGUCGCAUUCUAUGCGACUGGUGUGGGCAACAUCGCGUGGCUGUCUUCCGAGUUCUAUCCGCUAGAGGUUCGAGCUAUGGGGACCAUGAUGUUGACAAUGAGCUGCUGGGGAGCCAACAUUAUCGUUGCCUCAACAUACCUUACUCAGAUGGAAAACACUACUCCAUCGGGGGCUUACGGAUUCUAUGCUGGUGUCUGCUUUUUCGGCUGGAUUGGCGUGUACUUCUUCUAUCCCGAAGUCAAAGGGAUGACACUUGAAGAUAUCCGCGAGGUUUUCCAACACGGGUUUGGUGUCAAGUACGCACGAAAUCUCCAAAGGGAAAUGAAGCAACGACGACAUGAGAACGUAGCAGCAUAA